GGUGGGGGAAUUUUUAAAGCAAGGGCAGAUGAGAAGAAAGAGGGAGAAAGAACAAUAAAGAAGUCGUCACACCAUCUGCUCCCACAGAGAGAAACAUGUUAGCCAUUCAGACGACAGCAGGGAGGCAGCCAGCGAUCUGCAGUGAGAUACAAACAGCCCCUCCUGAAUGGCAGUCAGAAUGAAGAGCCUGCAGCUAAAAGAGAGGAUAGUUUCAUUUAAGAGAGCAGAUCCAUAUAUUUCUGCCCGCGACAUCAACAUUUGACCAACAGGUAUCAUUCCCAUCUGGAGGAGCAGCCAGUUUCGUCUGUCUUUGGCAAAAUAUUUUUUUGUCACAUUGAACCCUGGUGCUGUACAGUUUUUUCUAGAAAAGUAUUCAAGUUGCAUGUCUUUUCCUAACAAGCUGGAGUUGUGACACCAAAGAUGCACACUCCAGCCUCCAUGGUGAUGGGGAUUGUUUUUGCCCCUUUGGGUUUGGUCCUAGUCUUCACUGCUGCCAUCACCCCCCAGUGGAGAGAGGGACAGGCUCAUCUGAGAAUGGCAGGACCGGGAACUCUUCUUCGGUCAGGAACAAAAAGUCAUGGGAUAGGGACCAGGUCCAGCUCAGUGGACGUACUGCUCUUAUUGCGCUCUGAUGGACUAUGGGAGAGCUGCCUGCAGGUAGAGCACUCUGACUUGAGGCAGUGCUGGCCUGUGGCUGGUCCAUAUCAGAGAGACCCAAGGGUUCGUCUGGCACAGGGUUUGGUGCUAACCUCUUUGUUCCUGUGCGGCACUGGCAUUGUUUUGGCUUGUAUUGGGGUCCGCUGCUGGGCAGAUCUCCCUCUGAGAGGUGUGGCAGCCUCAGGAGGACUUCUGGUGGUGACAGCUGGGCUGCUGAGCCUUACUGCAUUAGGGGUGUACACCCACAACCUUAGAAGACUCGGGAUGGAUCCGAGUCAAAGGAUUAAUAACUCACGGUUCCCCCACCUCAGCUUGCAUCCAGCUGGCUCACUUUACUUUGGAUGGCUGGGUUCAUGUUUACAGGUGGUGGGAGGCAGCGCUUUGCUUUUCAGUUUCAAACAACCAAGAUGCCCAACCUGCCCAUCCCGACAUGAGCUCUCUGUCUCUCCCUGCCACUCAUGUCCAGAAGUUACCAACAAGACCGACAUAGAUGUAUAUGAAGUUAGUUGUUAGAGCCACGUUCAACCUUAAGACUUUCAAAACUUGUAAGAAAGCACGGAUUAAAACAAAUAAAAUUAGACACGAGGGUACGUUCUAAACCUCCUUUUAACUUCUCAGCCUGUAAAAGCUGCAGCUUAUGUAAUGAAAAGUCAUAGACAUAAAUUCAUAAAUGACUGUGAACUUCUGGACAUUGCUUUUUAUUAAUGAACUUUUAUGCAGUUUUGAGCAUGAUGGAUAUAGCUCCCCUUUGACACAGAGACACACAUGAAUUGGGGGUGUAAAUUAAAAAAAGAUGAAUGAUGUGUUAGAAAAAGAAAUUCAACAUCCUGCUGCCUUUAAAUGGAACAUGUGGUGAAAAAUAAUUGAAGUAUUGCUUUGUGAUGCCUUUACAUCGUAGCCAUGCAUUUGUACUGUUAAGAAAAACCAAUGUCUGAACAAAACUGUGAAAUUCUAAAUAUUUGUGUUAAAUUCAAACAGACUAGCAGUAUCAUAGAUUAUGUCAGGGCUUGGGAAAACAAUGGCUUAAAUUCUUAAAGCUCAUCACAAAGGGUUUUGUCUGUAUUAAGUUGGUUGCUAACAGAAAUGCUUUAAGCUAAUAUAUGAUAUCCCGUUUCGUUGCUGAAGGUGGCGCUCUUGAGUACAACAGGAGCUUUCACUGGAUGAACAGAUUUCUGGCAUAUGAUGAGCAAUACAAAGAUUAAACAAAGCAU